UGUGACAUGUCUCUCAAAUUGAAGUACUUACUUGACAAUUGAGGCUAAAUUUGAGUGUUGUUCAAGUAUUAUGCCAAAAAAUAAACGCAAGAGAAAGGGAAAAAAAGUACUAAAAAGACCACGUUUGGCUGCAUUGAAGGGUUGUACGUUCUGGUGAAGAAAAAAAGUAUUGUACGUUUCUCCUCUUUCUUACAGAAACUACAAAUUAUACUUCCAGUGCACAACCUGGCCUUGGUGCCGCCGAAACAAUGCUGGGUUCCAAGAGCUUGAUAUUCAAGAAGCAAAAAAGAAAGACAAAAAAUGGCAAGAUUAAGAAAUCAAAGAGAAUUUCUGUUUCAGCAAAAGAACAAACGGUGGCCGAACCUUACCAAAUAGUACCAGAAGAAGAAGACGAAGGUUUCAGCUUGAAAGCCUCAGCACAAUCAGAUUCCCACGGAGUUCAGCCACUUGGGAAUCUUUAUUUCAACCCAUCAUCUCAUAAUUCAAGAAACACUGGUCUAGGUAAUCUUCAGACUUUGACUGAUGAGCUUGUUCUUGAUAUUUUAGGUCUUUUGGAAGGUACCCAAUUAGGUAUUUUGUCAACUGUAAGCAAAGGUUUCUAUAUUUUCUGUAAUCAUGAACCUCUUUGGAGGAAUCUUGUAUUGGAGACUUGUAAAGGUGGGUUCUUGUUUAAAGGGUCUUGGAAGUCUACUUUUGUUAGUGCAUAUAGGCCUUCAUUUCCAGUUUUGAGUUUUGGUUUGAAAGUUAGAGACUUUUAUUCUGAUUACUUGUUUCAGAGUUGGCUUUGUGCUAAUCUUGAAAUGAAACCUGAAUGGCUAGAAAGGGAUAAUAUAGCAAGGAGGAAAGGGAUUUCUCUUGAUGAGUUUGUGAUGAAUUUUGAGGAACCAAAUAAGCCGGUUUUGUUAGAAGGGUGCUUGGAGAAUUGGCCUGGAUUGGAGAAAUGGAAUAGGGAUUAUCUGAUUGAGAAAUGUGGGGAUGUGAAAUUUUCAGUAGGGCCAGUGGAGAUGAAGCUUGAAGACUACUUUAAGUACUCUGAUCAAGUGAGGGAAGAAAGGCCCUUGUAUCUGUUUGACCCAAAGUUUGCGACGAAAAUUCCUCAAUUAGGAAAGGAUUAUGAUGUCCCGAUUUACUUCAAUGAGGAUUUGUUUAGUGUUUUGGGUAGUGAGAGGCCAGAUUAUAGGUGGAUUAUAAUUGGACCUGCAGGGUCCGGCUCGUCAUUCCACAUUGAUCCAAAUUCUACCUCUGCUUGGAAUGCGGUAAUCAAAGGAUCCAAGAAAUGGAUAUUAUUCCCCCCUGAUGUGGUGCCACCAGGGGUUCAUCCAAGCCCUGAUGGUGCAGAAGUAGCAAGUCCUGUUUCAAUUAUAGAAUGGUUCAUGAACUUUUAUAAUGCAACCAAGAAUUGGAAAAAGAGACCUAUUGAGUGUGUCUGCAAGGCGGGUGAAGUUAUCUUUGUACCUAAUGGAUGGUGGCAUUUGGUCAUCAAUUUAGAGGAUUCAAUUGCCAUUACCCAGAACUUUGUUAGCAGGAGGAAUUUAGUGAACGUUUUGGAAUUUCUGAAAAGGCCAAAUGCUUGCACUCUUGUGUCUGGAACAAGCGAUAGAGUCAAUUUGCAUGACAAAUUUAAGAAUGCCAUUGACGCAUAUCUUCCUGGUGCUAUUGAUGAGUUGACUCUGAAAGCCGAGGAGAAAGCAGCCCAGGAGAAGAAACCUUCCUUCUGGGAGUCAGUCACUGAUUCUAACGCAGGCGCUUUCAGAUUUUCUUUUUGAUGAAAGGCCAGUGAUGAAAUCUUCACCAGUCAGUCCCGAGGCGAUGGACUCUUACCAAUCUUCUGCACAAACAGAUGACGCUGCAAGAAUGAAACUUAGUGUUUGUUCACUUGACAAGAGGGAUUAUUAAGGUAGUUAUUGACAUUUUAUUCAUUGAUCUUGUAUGCAGGGAGGCUCAAUAUACCAUUUGUUUUCAUUAAGAUUAACAUUGAUCUUGUAGGCAGGGGAGGCUUAAUAUACCAUUUGUUUUCAUUAAGAUAAA